GUAAUAUAUAUUUUUGUCUUGCAAGGCUGAGGUUACGGUGAAACGAGCAGACUUGUCACUUGCACAACAUGGCCCGUGAUGAAAUAGAGAUCACACUCACCGAAAGCGAGGGUGAGAAAUUGAAGUCAUUGGAGGAAGCAGUCCCGGUUUCAUCGCCAUUAAACAAGCCAUUAAUUCAGAUGGCCCCGCAGAUCUUGCGCUCGUGCUACGGCAAGGAGGAUUGGGAACGAUAUUUCAAACCGACUUCUGUUGCGAUCGGUCCCCUCCACCAUCGAAGAGAGAAUGGCAAAGAUUCAAGAAUGGAAAGAGGUGAGCAGUGCAAGCUAAAACUGGCGGCAAUGUUCAUCGAGCGUUGUAAGGGCACGGGGGAAGAUUUCUACAAGAAUGUCAAGAGGGAGAUACAUACCUUGAAAUACUGCUAUAACUUUGAAGAAGUACAGAAAUGGAGUGAUGAGGAGUUGGCCUGGAUGUUCUUAGUGGAUGGUUGUGCAUUGUUGCAAUUCAUAGUCCUUGAUGUGAAAGAUGCGUGGGAGGAAUUCAGUGUUGAUAAUGAUCUAGUCAGCAUUGAGAAGGUAGAUUUUUUCUUACUUGAGAACCAACUGCCCUACCAACUUCUUGAGAUAUUGAUAGACUCGUUCGAUAGAGCCUUUAGUGUACACUUUCCAGACAUUUAUCCUUCGGAGUCCCCCAAGCAAUCCAUUGCCGAAUUCAUAAAUAGGACUUUCUUGAUACUGACUGCGCAGCAACGACACCAAAUUCAGAUUGAUUUUCCUCAGCCUUAUCCUGGUUAUCAUCUUCUAGACAUGUUGCGAAGAAAACUGAUGGGAGAGAAGGAUGAGAAAGCAAAAGAGAUUAACAAUAAUGGUCUUUUGGAGAAACUGACUGGUGAUAAAAGCAAACACGGGCCCUUAAAAAGCAACGUAAGGGAGCUGAAAGACAAGGGUAUUCGUUUUAAAGCGAAGGAAAAGGAAGGUGCCAUCACGGACAUUGAUUUCAAAAACCGUUAUCGCAUGGCAACCCUUACGCUGGCUCCCAUUUUUUUGCACAAUACCACCGUGCCAUUGUUGCUGAAUUUGAUCGCGUAUGAGCUGUGUCCGGAUUUCAAAGAAAAAUGGGAGAUCACCUCGUACUUCUCAUUCCUCAACUCUUUGAUUGAUAAUGCGGAGGAUGUGAAGGAACUGAGAGUUGCAGGCGUGCUGUACAACGGAUUAGGAAGCGAUGAAGCUGUAGCCGAGCUGUUGAGCAAGACGAGCGGCAUCCUGGUUGCUGUUGCUUUGGAGAAGACUGCAUUAUCUGAUGAGUACUUUAUUAAGAGGAAGCUCUAUCCAAAUGUUGAUUUCUAUUCGGGAUUAAUGCAUCGUGCAAUGGGAUGUCCGCCAGAGUACUUCACUGUUUUAUUUGCACUUCCUCGAAUGGCCGGUUACCUAGCACAUUGGAGAGAGUCUCUAGAUGAUCCCGACACAAAGAUAAUGAGACCAAAACAGGACUUCCUGAUUCUCCGUUUUGCCUUUGAAAUUUCAGGUAUAUACUGGGGUAUGGCUGAGGCACUAUAUGCCACUGAAAGAGGGGACGGUGUCACCCGAUGCAGACAAGUUAGGUGAGGUGUCUAUCUCAAAUGCCUGUAGGCGGCAGCUUGCUAGAUCAGGUGUUUAGGCUUUAUUUUUAUUUUGAUGGGAAGGAAACGGCAGAGAAGAAAUAAACUGACCUGAAUGUCUGUCAGUGGGAAAUAAUUGUAGAUGUGUUUGUGGCUCUCUAUGUCAAAAAGUAUAUGUUAGCUCGACACUCAAUCGUCAUGACUGUUUCAGUAUUGUUUGUUGUGAAUAAGGCAAUUCACUCUUU